AUGCCUUCCAAUGAAGUGGAUUUAGAUGAUCUUCUAGUUGAUGCACUCGAUGACUUUGCCGAUGAAGUGAAGACGACCAUCCAAACGUCUGAACGAAUGCCUCCUCUCAAACACGAGACAGCCACAAUAAUGGAAAACAAUGAGAAGGAGCUACAACAGAACAUGGCAAAAUUCUUUGAGGAUGCAGAGACGCCAGAAUUUCAACAAGUGCUGGAACAAGCUUUUCGAGAGCUAGGGACAGAUGUUGAUACAAAGAACGUGGAGCAACUCCUGGGCUCGUUGAAAAAGAUGGACACGACAUGUGAUGAGACAGACGAUGUGAAUGCUGGUGUAGCCAAGACACUGCAGAAUAUGGCCAAAGCAGCACAAGGUAUUGAUGAAGUGGGUACGGAACAAGUGGAAGCAAUGGGAGAAGAAAUGAUGUCUGAAAUGAUGAAGAAAUUUGAAGAAAUGGGCGAACAGAGCGAUUUCCAAGACUUGGUGGAUGGGAUGAUGCAGCAGUUACUGUCUAAGGACAUCAUGUAUGACCCGAUGAAGCAGAUCUGUGAGCGGUAUCCCGAGUGGUUAGCUGAAAAAAAGUCUUUGCUGUCAAAAGAAGAUUAUGAAAGAUAUACCAAGCAGUAUCAAUACUUCCAGCAGAUCAUUGCCAUGUAUGAAUCCGAACCGAAUGAUUACGCUCGGCUGUCACAGCUUAUGCAAGAGAUGCAGGAGAAUGGUCAGCCUCCAUCGGAAAUUGUGAAGGACCUUGCACCAGGUUUGCAGUUUGACGACAAAGGAAUGCCGAUCAUGCCCAACAUGGGCCCUGAUAUGCUUCCCGGUAUGCCAGGAAUGCCGUUUGGUGGUGCACCCGGCCAGGAGCAGUGCUCCAUAAUGUGA